AAGAUACGGCCAGGUUCCAGCAAGCAUCUACCAGUUGCACCAACAGAAAGAUGUGACAGACAUAUCCACAACUAUAUAGACAUGUAAUGCCAAAACCAUAACGAUGUUGGUUGUGGCACAUGUAUGGCUAUAGAUCACAGGUUAUGCGAAGAUAUCUUCUACAUACCAGAAUUUCUCAAGCACUACACCUGCACCACCACUACCAGGGAAAUUCAACAAAAAGUAGACUCAGUUGCCAAGACCUUGAAAGAGCAACAAGAAAAGUUCAAACGAGAAAGAGAACUGCUCUUGGAAAGCAAAACUGCAACGUUGGAAAACAUCAAGAAGUUCAGAAAAGAAAUCAAUGACAGACUUGAUGAACUAGAGAAACACACUAUAUCUGACACUGAAGAUAAAUACAAAGCCUUCAUAAAUGAAAUGGAGGAGAGUAUCAGAAUAUUGGAGACAAGCGAAGCCAGCAUAAUAUCCGCUCGAGACAAGCUAACACUGGCAAGUGACAAUAAAUUGCAAAACUUUGUAAAUGUCAAAAAAGUAGAAAACAUUGCUGGUAAUGUUGCUAAGUCAGUAGAACCAAGCCAAUUACAAAACAUUGAUUUCACUGCCGAUCAUAGACUAACUUCUUUGUUGGCAGAAAUAAAUGUUUUCGGCAAUAUUGGACAGAGGAUAGACAUGAAAUCCGAAAACGUUGGUACGGUGAAUAUCUAUAGUGACGAGUCUUUACUUCAAAUAAAAGGCAGCACAAAAUAUAGUGUUAAAGUUAAGUCAGAUAAAUACAGAUGUGAUAUUAUCAGCGCCUGCGCUCUUGAGGAUGGAACAAUAAUGCUGGCUGAUAAAGGCAACAACAAGCUGAAACGUUUAGACAGUUCCACAUGUACUGUCUUAGGCUACUGUGAUCUGCCUGGGAGACCACGGCAAGUUUGUAUUAUCUAUAAACAGCAAGCUGCUGUAUGUUUGCAAGGCAAGCAAGAAGUUCAAUUCAUUUCACUAACAAACAGAAUGGCAUUAACAAACAAAAUAAAAACUGACUUUAAUUGUAAUGGUCUAGCAUAUGCUGGUGGCAAUCUGUACAUUUCAGACUUUUAUACGUCAGUUUAUAUAUACAGUGUAUCAGGAAGAAACCUGAUGCAGAUUAGUAAAGAUCAAUCAGGGCAGAAACUGUUCUCUGACAUCCGUAGUCUAGCUGUCAGUGAGGCUGGUUCCAAGAUAUAUGUUGCUGAUUAUAACAAUGGAUUGAUUAUACUGGAUAAUAACGGGACAGUUGUUGGAAGUUUUAAUGACUCACAGUUAACAGGUGCCUAUAGUUGUUAUCUUACAGGUAGAGGUAGUAUUCUUGUGUGUGGGGCAGACUCCAGCAAUGUGCUACAGUUUGGACUGAAUGGUAAUCUGAUAGGUGAGGUUGUGAAAUUUAUUGAUAAAUCUGCCAAUCCGCAGGCAAUAUGUUGCAAUCAGCAAAUGUCAAAGAUGAUUAUAGGCAGGCACGGAAAUGAAAUUCAAGUAUAUGAUUUGAUAUAAAGUAUAAUAUAGUAACUAUGUAUAGAUCUUAAUACUGAACUGAAUGACUUUACGAGUGAUGAUUACAGGUUUGGAUGUUACCAUUAUUCUACUAAAAAUGAAUGGGCAAAUUUUACUAAUAUUCCAAUUAUGAGUGUCAUUAUUAUGUAUGGUUGACAUGAUGCUGCAGAAUUAAUGUCUGGAUUAAACUGACACUAACUUUCUGUACCAAUUAAGAGUGCCAAUGUUGUAUCUCUGUGGAUACUAUCUCUCUACUACCCAAAUAAAGACUUGAUCAAUAGUGCAGUUACAAAAAUAUGUUUACGUUACUAGGCACAAUUUAUAAAUAUAUUCAGUUUGUAUAUUAUAUAUUUGUUUCAUAUCAUGAGACUGUAAAUAUUUGUAUAUAUAAACAUGCAUUUAUCAAUUGACAAUACAAUAAGAAAGAUCAACAUUUACCAAAUUUGAAUAUUAAAAAGCCUAUUGAACAGUACUUACAUUGUGUAUGCAGUAUGUACAUUAUUAUUAAGAUAAAUGUUACAAAAGUUA